AUGGAUGAAGUCGACUACGCCAUUCAUAUUGAACCCCUUUCGGAAGCCAUCAAAGAACUCAAGGAGCAGCUGCACGUUUUCGUCGUGAAUUUCGACGCGAUUGUCAACAUACUCAACCGCCAAGCUGACGAUGUCAACAAAAAAAAAUGGAUCUGCUACUGGAAAGAACGAAACCGAAGUCGAGUUGUGUCUUCUGCUCUUUCGAAGAUAGCAAGGAUAACCACCAGACUGGACGAUGCUGCAGAUAUCCGGAUCCCGCCUCACGUCCAACCUGCAACUGUGCAACAGAUGCCUUCAACCUCAUCACGUGGAAAACUCUGGAAUCUCGUGCACAUUCUGCGCUGCUACUCAUAA